AUGGACGUGGACGUGGACGUGGACGUGGACAUGGACGUGGUCAUGGACGUGGACGUGGACGUGGACGUGGACAUGGACGUGGACGUGGACGUGGACGUGGAUGUGGACGUGGACGUGGACAUGGACGUGGACGUGGACGUGGACAUGGACGUGGACGUGGACAUGGAUGUGGACGUGGACGUGGACUUGGACGUGGACAUGGACGUGGACAUGGACGUGGACGUGGACGUGGACGUGGACGUGGACGUGGACAUGGACGUGGAGGUGGACGUGGAGGUGGACGUGGACGUGGACGUGGACAUGGAGGUGGACGUGGACGUGGACGUGGACGUGGACGUGGACGUGGACAUGGACGUGGACGUGGACGUGGACGUGGACGUGGACGUGGACAUGGACGUGGACGUGGACAUGGACGUGGACGUGGACGUGGACGUGGACAUGGACGUGGACGUGGAGGUGGACAUGGACGUGGACGUCGACGUGGACGUGGACGUGGACGUGGACCUGGACGUCGACGUGGACGUGAACGUGGACGUGGAGGUGGACGUGGAGGUGGACGUGGACGUGGACAUGGACAUGGACGUGAAGGUGGACGUGGACGUGGACAUGGACAUGGACGUGGACAUGGACAUGGACAUGGACGUGGACAUGGACGUGGACGUGAACGUGGACGUGGACGUGGACGUGGACAUGGACAUGGACGUGGACGUGGACGUGGACAUGGACGUGGACGUGGACGUGGACGUGGACAUGGACGUGGACAUGGACGUGGACGUGGACGUGGACGUGCACAUGGACGUGGACAUGGAGGUGGACGUGGACGUGGACGUGGACGUGGACGUGGACGUGGACAUGGACGUGGACGUGGACGUGGACGUGGACGUGGACGUGGACAUGGACGUGGACGUGGACAUGGACGUGGACGUGGACGUGGACGUGGACAUGGACGUGGACGUGGAGGUGGACAUGGACGUGGACGUCGACGUGGACGUGGACGUGGACGUGGACCUGGACGUGGACGUCGACGUGAACGUGGACGUGGAGGUGGACGUGGAGGUGGACGUGGACGUGGACAUGGACAUGGACGUGAAGGUGGACGUGGACGUGGACAUGGACAUGGACGUGGACAUGGACAUGGACAUGGACGUGGACAUGGACGUGGACGUGGACGUGGACGUGGACGUGGACGUGGACAUGGACAUGGACGUGGACGUGGACAUGGACGUGGACGUGGACGUGGACAUGGACGUGGACAUGGACGUGGACGUGGACGUGGACGUGCACAUGGACGUGGACAUGGACGUGGACGUGGACGUGGACAUGGACGUGGACGUGGACGUGGACAUGGACGUGGACAUGGACGUGGACAUGGACGUGCACAUGGACGUGCACAUGGACGUGGACAUGGACGUGGACGUGGACAUGGACAUGGACGUGGACGUGGACAUGGACGUGGACGUGCACGUGCACAUGGACGUGGACAUGGACGUGGACAUGGACGUGGACAUGGACGUGGACGUGGACGUGGACGUGGACGUGGACGUGGACGUGGUCAUGGACGUGGACGUGGACGUGGACGUGGACAUGGACGUGGACGUGGACAUGGACGUGGACGUGGACGUGGACGUGGACAUGGACGUGGACAUGGACGUGGACGUGGACAUGGACGUGGACUUGGACAUAGACGUGGACGUGGACAUGGACGUGGACUUGGACGUGGACGUGGACAUGGACGUGGACGUGGACGUGGACGUGGACAUGGACGUGGACAUGGACGUGGAGGUGGACGUGGACGUGGACGUGGACAUGGAGGUGGACGUGGACGUGGACGUGGACGUGGACGUGGACGUGGACGUGGACAUGGACGUGGACGUGGACGUGGACGUGGACGUGGACAUGGACGUGGACGUGGACAUGGACGUGGACGUGGACGUGGACGUGGACAUGGACGUGGACGUGGAGGUGGACGUGGACGUGGACGUCGACGUGGACGUGGACGUGGACGUGGACCUGGACGUGGACGUUGACGUGAAAGUGGACGUGGAGGUGGACGUGGAGGUGGACGUGGACGUGGACAUGGACAUGGACGUGGAGGUGGACGUGGACGUGGACAUGGACAUGGACGUGGACGUGGACGUGGACAUGGACGUGGAUGUGGACGUGGACAUGGACGUGGACAUGGACGUGGACGUGGACGUGGACGUGCACAUGGACGUGGACAUGGACGUGGACGUGGACGUGGACAUGUACGUGGACGUGGACGUGGACAUGGACGUGGACAUGGACGUGGACAUGGACGUGCACAUGGACGUGCACAUGGACGUGGAUAUGGACGUGGACGUGGACGUGGACGUGGACAUGGACAUGGACGUGGACGUGGACAUGGACGUGGACGUGCACGUGCACAUGGACGUGGACAUGGACGUGGACAUGGAUGUGGACAUGGACGUGGACGUGGACGUGGACGUGGACGUGGACGUGGACAUGGACGUGGACGUGGACGUGGACGUGGACAUGGACGUGGACGUGGACGUGGACAUGGACGUGGACGUGGACGUGGACGUGGACAUGGACGUGGACAUGGACGUGGACGUGGACAUGGACGUUGACUUGGACAUAGACGUGGACGUGGACAUGGACGUGGACUUGGACGUGGACGUGGACAUGGACGUGGACGUGGACGUGGACGUGGACGUGGACAUGGACGUGGACAUGGACGUGGAGGUGGAUGUGGACGUGGACGUGGACAUGGAGGUGGACGUGGACGUGGACGUGGACAUGGACGUGUACAUGGACGUGGACGUGGACGUGGACGUGGACGUGGACGUGGACAUGGACGUGGACAUGGACGUGGACGUGGACGUGGACGUGGACAUGGACGUGGACGUGGAGGUGGACAUGGACGUGGACGUGGACGUGGACGUGGACGUGGACGUGGACCUGGACGUGGACGUUGACGUGAACGUGGACGUGGAGGUGGACGUGGAGGUGGACGUGGACCUGGACGUGGACGUGGACGUGGACGUGACGUGGACGUGGACGUGGACGUGGACGUAG